CACGUUUUUCCUUCCAUUAAACCCACCGGAGGACUGUGGAGCUCCACGUUACGCACACCUUUAAAUACUAAAUCAACGUAGAGACACGUCAAAACGCCAAAAUGUCUGACAAGAAGGCCGUGAUAAAGAAUGCAGACAUGUCUGAUGAGAUGCAGCAGGAUGCAGUGGACUGCGCCAUGCAAGCUAUGGAGAAGUACAACAUUGAGAAGGAUAUUGCUGCAUAUGUCAAAAAGGAGUUUGAUAAGAAGUAUAACCCGACAUGGCACUGCAUUGUCGGGAGGAACUUUGGCAGCUACGUGACACACGAGACGAAGCAUUUCAUCUACUUCUACUUAGGCCAAGUGGCUAUUCUACUGUUUAAGUCGGGCUGAAAUCAAACAUGCCCUCCUAAAACUACUUUUAAUUCAGCCCAUAAUACUUCUGUGCCACGCUGUACAUUUGCUACUGCCUCUCUGCAGACAUGCCUACCUCCUGAGUUCCAGCUUGCUUCACUUUUAUUUAUUUUUUGCCACCUACAAUACUACCACCAUCAGUGGAUGAUACUUUGUUCAUGUCUGGACUUCAUUAUGUAUGGGGCUGUUCAUAGAAAACGCCCAUUAAAACUACUUGACAUGUCAACAUCUGCAAAUCUCUCGCUGUGACUCAUAAUUUGUGGAUAUUAUUUUGCUGUGCAUUGACGCAUGGACGUUUUGUACAUUAGUUCAUUUGAAUAUGUUGUAUAAAUAACUUUACAUGGAAUUAAAAUGAGCAACAGAAAGUUUUUGUUGAAAUGCCUUUAAUUUUUCAGUGUUGACUGAGAUAGAAUUUAAAAAAUGCUAAGACUGUUGCUUACACUUAAUAAAGAAUACAUGCUAAGAGACUUCAGGUUUUGUACAUGCUUGAACAUUCCUGUUUUCACUUCAGUUGUAAAUAUUUACUAUGUUACUGCUGUAUAUCUCUGGAAUGUAACUUAUUGUGCUGUUUGGUAUUGUGAUAUUUUCAACAUGUUGAGCACAAAAACAACAUUGAGACAGUAAAUUGGUUCAAAAUGUGUAUAGUGUGUCUUGAGCUUGCUUCAGUUGCUUGUACUGUAUAAUCAGAUC